AUGCUCCCCACGCCAGACACGUCGCACGUGGAGUUCGAGCGCAUCUACGAGCCGGCCGAAGACUCGUUCCUGCUCCUAGACACGCUAUCGUCGGCUGCGGAGACGGCCUUUCUGCGAGACCGGUUCGGCAGUCGCAGCGACGCAGCCGGCCCGGCGCCGGUGCCGCCGCCUUUCGUGGUGGAGAUCGGGCCCGGGUCCGGGGUGGUGAUCGGGUUCAUCAACGCCCACGCCUCGGUCAUCUUCGGGUCGCGCGACGUGCUGACGGCCGCCGUCGACGUCAACAGCCACGCGUGCCGGGCCACACGCGAAACAGCGCGCAAGGCCGCCGCUGACAACGCGGCCUCCCACGGCAUGUACCUGGACGCCUUGCAGGGCGACCUGGUGGCGCCGCUCCGGCCAGGGUCCGUCGAUGUCUUGGUCUUCAACCCGCCCUACGUGCCCACGGAGGAACUGCCUCGGCAGCCGGCCGCCGACCACGAGGGCGGCGGCGACAAGCAGCCGACUUUUGACCAUGACUCUUACCUGCUGUCGCUGUCGUACGCCGGCGGCAGGGACGGCAUGGAGACGACGGACCGGCUGAUCGAUGCGCUGCCAGAGACCCUGUCCCCGAGGGGCUGCGCAUAUGUCCUGCUCUGUGCGCAAAACAGACCGGAGGAGGUCAAGGAGCGCAUCCGUGGGUUCGGGCGGCAGUGGAGGGCUGAGACGGUUGGGUCGAGCGGCAAGAAAGCCGGGUGGGAGAAGCUGCAGAUCAUCAGGAUCUGGAGGGAAUGA